AACACAUAAACAAAUAGAAAGAAACAAAAAAAUUCACAUAAAAGAACAAUUAUUCUUUUUCGAAUCGUGUCGGAUAUAGCUUUCAAUGUUAGAACAUAAGCUGUCCUUACAGCAAUAAAAUAACAGUAAAAACAUACGAGCAGCCUUAUUAUUCCCACCACAUGCACAUAUAUACAUAAGAGUCGUAUUCCUAGCAAACGCACAACUACAGCUCUAAGAAACAAACCUCUCUCCCUCGCUCUCUCUCUCUCUUUCUCUCAUCAAGAUUAGGGUUCUUGAGUUCUUGAUGGAGAAGGAAGAAUGCAGCAGUAGUGAAUCCGGUUGGACGACUUAUAUUUCGUCACCAAUUGAAGUAGAUGAAGAGGAGGUCGUGGACCAGGACUAUCAAGAAGUGUAUAACAUCUAUAACUACUUCAGCAAAGGCGAAACUGAAGAAGAGAGGAACAAAGAUAGCGAUGAUUCAAUGGCCUCAGACGCUUCGUCUGGACCAAAUUAUCAUCAGCGCUAUCACCAAAAGAACAAGGCGUUGGAUUUGAAGGACGGGAAAAAUGAAGGUAAUAAUACUAAGAGUAAAAAUGAUGACAAAAAAAGUAGUAACUCAUACAAGAAAAAAGAGAAGAAAAAGAGAGAAAAUAAGAGUACCUAUAGAAUGAAGUGAUUGAACAUUGUAUAUUUAUGUUAUAAUAUGUAAUUAGUGUUUGUAUAUUGGGAUAUAUUAUUAUUUCCUAUUUUAUUUGAGGUUUUUUUAUGCCUCAAGGAUAGGAAGGUGAUUCAUUUAUUUUUUAAAAGUAUGUGGGGUGUGUUGAUUGAUUAAUGUCUAUAUUGUUGUUCAUGAUAUUGAUUACUUAUUCUUUAAUUUGUGAAUCAAUGUUUCUCAAAGAGAGAAACUCUCCGGUUUGUUGAUCAAUAUCACUCUGUAUUUUAUUAAUUAAAUAUCUAAAAGAUUUUAGCCCAUUGUAGAUUCAGAAAUGUUAUUGAUUUUGUACUUUGUAAACUA